UUUGCUGGCCUGGACUGUAGGGGAUGAGAAUGUUUUAAAUAGCAUGGAAUAUGUUCACACAGUCACACAGCUCUGCAUCACUCGAGAAGGGCAGCAUUCCUCCCGCCACACAAGGUUAAUGCACUACUGAUCCCAGGUUGCCAGUCACAUUGAGAUACGGCCAUGCCUCUUGGGAAAAAUGGAAAGAAGAAAAUUGAAGACAUCAAUAUGGUGUACAACAUCAAGGAGAAGCUCGGAGCGGGAGCAUUCUCCGAAGUGGUUCUGGCUCAAGAAAAGGAUACUGAGCGAUUGGUGGCCUUGAAGUGUAUCCCAAAGAAGGCUCUACGUGGGAAAGAAGCCGUGGUGGAAAAUGAGAUUGCCGUUCUCAAAAAGAUUAACCAUAAAAACAUUGUGGCCCUGCAGGAUAUCCACGAGAGCCCCAGUCACCUGUACUUGGCCAUGGAACUUGUCACAGGCGGUGAGCUCUUCGAUCGUAUCAUCGAGCGGGGAUAUUACACAGAGAAGGAUGCCAGUCAGCUUAUCCGACAAGUCCUGGAUGCUGUCCAAUACUUACACAAUAUGGGAAUUGUGCACCGUGACUUGAAGCCUGAAAACCUGCUCUAUGCAACUCCCUUUGAGGACUCAAAGAUCAUGAUCAGCGACUUUGGCCUCUCAAAGAUAGAAGAUGGUGGAAUGAUGGCCACGGCUUGUGGGACACCAGGUUAUGUGGCUCCUGAACUCCUGGAGCAGAAGCCAUAUGGAAAAGCUGUGGAUGUUUGGGCCAUUGGGGUCAUCUCAUACAUUUUACUUUGCGGAUAUCCACCAUUCUAUGACGAAAAUGACUCCGAACUGUUCAAUCAGAUCCUAAAGGCAGAGUAUGAAUUCGACUCCCCGUACUGGGAUGAUAUUUCCGAAUCAGCCAAAGAUUUCAUCCGACACCUGCUGGAGAGGGAGCCAGAGAAGAGGUUUACCUGCGAGCAGGCGCUGCAGCAUCCAUGGAUUUCUGGAGACACUGCUCUAGAAAGAGAUAUCCAUGGGUCAGUAAGUGAACAGAUCCAGAAAAAUUUUGCCCGAAGUCAAUGGAAGAGGGCCUUUAACGCAACAUCAUUUCUGCGCCAUAUCACUAAGAUGGGUCAAAGCGCCGAGACAGAAACGGAAGAAACACACGGAGAAGCUGUCCCGGAUGAGAAGGAUAAAUGGUGAUUAAAGCUGGAAAGUAAAGACUUGACGUCUGGAGUACCCUCGUACCAGGGAUCUCCAUGUCGGGCACUACACCCUUGCAUGAGCUUGUGGUGACACCUGUCUGCAUGAUGCCUUCAGUGGCCAAUGGCUGUUCUUCCCUUAGCCCACCACGGCCCCUUAUAACUUCCUGCCCCUCCAGCAGUUUAUUGAGAGGUUACUGAGAUGGAGCACAAUCAUCACUUCAGUAUUUUUGAUUCCCAUUGUCUCCUCAUUCAAAGGGCCAGAAGAAGUCAAAGAGGAUUCACCUGCUGGGUAUUCAAUACUCCAUCGCAGUGAGCAAUUCUGAAGAUGACCAUGGAACCAGGAACAUUGCACUGUGAUAUUCUUCAUAAGUCCAUUUCUGAAGCCCCUUUCUUGUGUUACUAAAAUCAGGACUCUGGACCUUCCAUAAUGAGGACUUAAUGGUCCUCAUUGAAGGUUUCUGAGAUCAUAUGCAACAUAAAGUUAAAAGUAACUAAAGCCAUAUCUGGUACCCAAGAACCUGACUGGUCACUACUGCCAUUGCAGUUCUCUUCAUAUAACAUAGUCAAUGCCAAGGUUAAUUUAACAUUACUCAGAAAUUACUUUUCAACAUUCUCUUCUAAUAACGUAGGUUUCCCCCAAGAAUGGUGAUUGAAUCACAAGUGUCUCAAAGUUAAAGGACAAAUCAUAGAUGAGACAUGAAAGAGCAAAGACUGAAAAUUAAAACAAUUACCCUGAAGACAAAAUGAUCGGGACCUGGGAGGCUGGGAAGAUCAUGAGCUGAAUUUUCGUUGGGUUUGGAUGUCUUGACUGUGUAAGUUCUAGUGGAAAAGUGUUGCCUUCAUUGUAAACCCCCGAGGUCUUUGUGCCAAGCCACAGACCUAGAGAUCCUCCAUGCUUCUUUGUCAAGAUGAGACAUCUAUGUUGAGACACUUUCCUAAAACACUUUGUGGACUCACCAACAAUCAUCGAAAACCCUUUGCCCCCAGUGAAGAUGUGCCAAAAAUUUUAAAAGUGUGCUUAGGCUUCUGGUGUCAUUAUGAAACACAUAGAUAUUGGUGUAUUAGGACUGUGAUUUAGUCUCUGGAAGAGUGUACUCCUGUGAUUUGACUGUAAUAUAUUAAAUGCAAGUGCUGACCUGUAAA